CUCCAGAUCAGGUGGUGGCAGUAAUCGUGUUUCCAGUUUUUAUCAUAACCGGGAUGAAGCGAAACUAAAGAAGAAGCGAAGCGGAGCCUACCGAGAGCAUCGAUCCGGAGUUUACUCCGUAGACUAUGACAGACUUUCGGGGCCAGAUACGGGGGCCACACUGGGGCCCUACAAUGGACAACAUGCUGAUAGAUUUCUGGCGGAAACACGAAUGCCUUUUUAAUUCCUCGAUCGAUUCUUACUACGACAAGGAUUUGAAGGCAAAGCUGUGGACCGAGUUCGCGCUGUCCAUCGGAAAGCCUGUAUCUGAUGUUGAGAGAAGAUCAAGAUCGCUCCGGACCCAAUAUGGGAGGGUGUUAUGGCAUCCGGAGAGGGUCAGCACUCUGAAGCAAAAGAUGCUGAGGGAGAAACUAGAUUUCCUGAGGCCUUACAUAGUUCGCAGGCGAAGUGAUUCCUAUCUGGAGGAAAGGUUUGAUGAUCAGGAUGAGGAUGAUGAGGAGCCAGAGACGGAAGGAAGUGUUGACCAGGAGAUAGGAAGCUCAUUUGGUAGCCCCCUGCAUGCUGAUGUGACUGAGCAAGAUCUGAAUGAUGAACUCCAAUCUGUUACCUCCACCCCAAACCCUGCUCUCCUGCACUGUUCAAACCCACAGACUCAAGUUACAGAGGUCAUGUCUUUGAGCUGUCCACACGGUCACAAUAACGAGAGUUCUGCUGAUCAGCCUGACCACACAGCUGCACCAAACUCACCCAGACACAACAUACUGAACCAGUUCGUAGAGGUUAUGUUGGCAGAUAUGAGGCAGAUUAAAGACCCCAUGGUGCUCAUGAGACUUCGCCGAGAUAUCACUGACCUAGUGUUCAAAGCUGUGGAAGAGGACAUGCAGAGACGCUGCGUUCCAGUGCUGUCUGUGCCCGUGCUGGGGGAGAGCACGCAGAGCUGCUCCAGGCCUCAGCAGUCAUGUUCACAAACAAACGUCUCUCAGAGGCAGAGAUUUUUGAAAAGAAAAAACAGGGGGUCUGAGCUUGGAAGGAGAGUACAGAGAUGGGAAGAAGUAAAACACAUGAAGAAAGUGUCCAGGAGUCAGUUAUUACCGCCUGCACAGCAAGACCAAGCAGUGGAGGGGAUGACUACUAACAGCUCUCAGGUCACUAUUCAGGCUUCUGAGAUCAAAAGAGAAACAGAGCCGCACAUAAUUAAGAUUGAGGAGGAGACGCUUGACAUUUUGGAUACACCACCCAUCGUUUUUCCUUAAUGCAGUCAACAGAACCAGUGGGUGUACAGCAGGCUAGUAAGCAACGUAAGACUUAUAACAAUAGUUAACACAUACUAACAAGUAUUGGUCAUAAUGGAUCAUAUUUGUUACUUUUAGUACUUAGUUCCCUUUUGUAGAGGGAUUGAGAUAUGCACCAUACUGAUUCUGUUACAAGAUAUGUGGCCCUUACCUGGAUUUAUCAUAGGACUUAAGGCCACUAAUUUACAACAAUGAGGAUUUUAUUCCCUUUGCUUCCUCUGAAUCUGUGCCUCUCAAAAACAAUCCAGAUGCCAACUUUACACUUUAGCUUAAUGUUUAGUCAGUAAACUAGAAAGUCUCAUCAGGUUAUGGACAGUUCUGAGAUUUAAACAGUCAGUGGGUGCUGUGUGAACCAACUCAGACAGCUUAAGGGAUGCUGUGAUCUGCUGAUUAAACAAAAUACUUGUUUUUACCCUCACUGGCUUCUGUGUCCCUUGUGUGUUU